AUGUCCCGCAACGUUCGCAACAAGUCUUCCGCGGCUUCCCGCAAAGCCGCAAAGCGCCGCGACUCCGUCACGUCGUCCUCGUCAUUCAACUUGUCAGAUGACGACGGCUACUCUGCCGUGGAAGACAUCAGCGAUUCCUCUGAUGACGACGAGGACGAUGUCGUUGCGGCCGAGGAGGACCACAUCCUGCACGAGGUGCUGCCGCCCAGUAUCUCGAGCUCUCCUCGGCCGCCCAUUGUCCAACAAGACGAGGACGAUGAUGACGACGACGACGAAGACGACGACCAAGACCAAGAAGAAGAAGACGACGAAGAUGGCGCUGCUGACAUCGAGGACGGCGCCAGCUGGGACGGCAUCAUGUCCGAUGUCGAUGAAAGUGCCGCUUCAGACAACCAUCGCCACCACGUAUCUGAGCCCACCGAACGUCACGUUCGCUUCGACGUCCCCUCGAGUGACUCCGACUCUACCGACACCGAGGAUGACCAUGCCGAUUUCUUUCCCGACAUCUUUGUGGAUCAGAGUUCCCUCGACCCGGCAUUCCGCCGCGAGAUCGAGAAUGAUGAUGAAAAUGACGAGUCCGAGAACUCCAACUCGUUCUGGGACUACCAUGGCGACUCCCAUGGAGCUUAUGACUAUGCUCCUGGCGUCGAUUCGGACAUUGAGGACGUCAUCCAGGAACUUGGCGACGACGACACCCCUAUUGCUACACCCAUGACCAUGGGCGAAGUCUCCGAAGUGCCCACUCCGGUCGCAGCUUUCGAGGAAACUCAGGAGCUGGACGGCUACGAGACGGAUGGUGACACUACCGAGGAAGAUGAGCCUGAACCCGUUGUUCGGCGCAAGAUCAAGCGCCCCGAAAAGCCCGCCGACCAGUGGGAUGAUUCCGACACGGAUCACCCGGUCAAAGGCGAACGUGGCCAGCCGCGCGUUGGCCGCUUCAAUCUCGAUAACUCCGAGCAGAAGCCCAUUGCUGUCUUGAACCCCAUCACCCGAAAAAUGAUGAUCUUCACCCCUCACCGCCGCCGUCUUGACUUGUCUCCCGAACAGUUCAACUUCUCGUUCUUGCCUACCAUUGACGAGAACCAAAACUCGCCCAUGCUCAGCAACUCCGCCCAAAUCAUGAUGAGCGCAAUGUUCUCGUCCAACACCUUUGGUGAUUAUCUAAACACCCAGGCGAUGGGCCCCGCCGAGGCUUUCUUCCCCUUCCAAUCGGAACCCAACACUGCCGACGAGAGCUCGUCAGUGGAAAUCGAGGAAGAAGACGAGGAUGAGAUGGAGAGAAGUCUCGAUAUCAACGACUUCAUCGAGUUCGACGACACCCGCUCGUUAGACGGGGAUGAGGAAAACCAGUGGGACGGCGAACCUGUGAACCCGACCCCUGGCCGCCCACGCAGCUCGAGCGACAUUGAUCUUCACUCCCACAUCAACGCGAAUAACGUGGGGGCCUUCCGUCGUGACCAGAUCAACCAGCGCCUCAUCCUGAGCGACAAGGCCACGCAAGACUCUCUCGCCCUCAGCAGUCCUUACAACUACACUGCCCUUCGUGGUCUCAAGUCCGACCGCUUCGAGACGGCAGCUGUCCCCCUUACCCCUCUGCGGCGUUCCAAGAAGCAGAUGCGCGAUCUUGCGCGCAGCCCCCUCGAGUCUAUGUCGCAAAAGCGCAAGGCGUCCAGCGAGCUCCCAAUGAGCCACAAACGCCAACGCAGCAUCUCGGACGUCAACCUGCUACGCAUCUAG